CGUUAGCUUGUUGCUACCCGGAACAUUUUAUCCGCAGCACCGCGUUUGGGGCGGAAACGGAGGCCAAGUAGGCAUUAUGGCGGAGACGCACAGCUUGCAGGAUCUGAGGCAGCAGGCCACCGUCGCCUCCAAAGUGUUCGUUCAGCGCGACUACACAUCAGGAACCAUCUGCAGAUUUCAAACCAAAUUCCCUACCGAGCUCGAGACCAGGAUUGAUAAGCAGCAGUUUGAGGAGACGAUCCAUAUGCUGAACAAUCUGUACGCUGAGGCGGAGAAGCUGGGAGGAAAGUCGUAUUUAGAGGGCUGCCUCGCCUGCCUCACUGCCUACACCAUCUUCCUCUGCAUGGAGACGCACUACGAAAAAGUGCUGAAAAAGAUCGCCAAGUACAUUCAGGAGCAGAAUGAGAAGAUCUACGCUCCCCUGGGUCUGCUUCUCACCGAUCCAAUCGAGAGAGGACUCCGAGUCGUGGAGAUAACCAUAUUUGAGGACAGAAGCAUCGGCUCAAGAUAAAACCCACCAAAGCAGUAAAUUCUGGCCACGUGAAGCCCUGGACUCAGACUCUUCUUCACGCUACUCGUCAUCGCUCGGGCUCUGAACGCAGACGCUACAUACUCAUCCGUACUACUCGUUUUAUCCUGUCAGCAUUCCUCUGUUCCUCCCCAGAGAGCGAAACCCGACGAGCCUUUUCCUUCAGAAAGCUGAGCUUACUUCAUUUACAUUUUUUUUGUAUGCACCGUCUUAACUGCUGGAAAUUAUUUUAAAAGCAACGUUUUCUAUAGUGCUCCUUUUAAAAUGGUUUCUUUUUCCUGUCGCUGUUUUUUAAUCCUUUAAUUAUAUUUUUUGUAUAUAUGUGUGUGUGUAUGUUGAGGAAAUGGGGCAAAUAUAGUGUACAGUGUUGAUUCACCACACGGCUGCAGUGUUCAGUAAGACGGCGUCGUUUCAGUAAAGAGAAUCGCCCAUGCCAAACUAUAUAGAAAUUGAUGUUUAAUAUAAUGUUCAUUUUAUGAUGGUUUUACGAUCUUUCAGAAUUUACGAUAUGAUAUUACGAUUACAAUCCUACAUUACUCACUCAGAGUGACUGCUUGUGUUAAGAUACUGAACGUGCAGAGUGACAGGAGUCCGGGCUUCAUCAAGAAUCACUUCACAACUUGUAUACAGGUUUAAUCACACAAUGUAUUAGUUGACCUUACUGAAUAAAAGCAGUUACGUCAGUGUAUAAUGAACUACCCAGUAUAUAGAGCACAUGGAGUCUCCAGACACGUCACCAUUGUUUUCUGUUGAACGAUUUCAAUAUGUUCUCCUGAAAAUAAGAUAAAAGCUAUGCUAUAGCUGUGCUGAAAAGUAUUCUGGGGUUGUUUGGAAUAAUAAAAUAAUAUUUGAAUAUCACAAGUACUUGUGAUGGAGGUACGGUGGCAUAGCGGUUAGCACUGUGGCCUCGCAUCUCCAGGGUCCGGGUUUAAUUCCCACCUUGGGUCGUUGCACAGCAUGGAGUCUGCAUGUUCUCCCUGUGCUUGGUGGGUUUCCCCCAAGUACUCCGGUUUCCGCCCUUAGUGCAAAGACAUCCGGGGUGUAUCCCGUGUCCUUGAGUCUCCUUUGAGACCCUGCGCAGGAGAAGCAGUACAGAGAAUAAAUGAAAGUAGUUUUGAUGGGCUGACUUCAAGACAUUGAUGUCAAGACACCUGUUACUUUGCAAAAUCAGUGCACUCUUUCAGUCUUUUUCUUUUUAAUCCAUCUCUAUAAACAGACACUUAUACAGAUGCUUGUCCUCAUACUGCCUUAUUAAUAGGACAUAGUUUAUCUCCACAUAUUUAGUGACAUAUGUUAAAUAUAAUGUACCUAAUUAAUGGAACAUAAUGUAGAUAUAACGUAUGUUUUAAUUCCAUUUCCACUGAUCAGUUGACGAUGAAUCCAUUUCCAAGAAAACACUAACACACACAUUAUCCCUGGUCUUAAAGACAGUUACACUAAAGACUUAUGUGGAUGCAGAUGCAGACCAUAUGUGCAAACUUGAAGCCAGGUUUUAGUCUAGUUAACAGAAAGAUGUGUUCUUAAAAUAAUAGUUGAUUAAAUGUGUGGCCUCUUUAUAUCAAUACUGAUGUGGUAAAUCCCUUAAGGCACAAAUUUGCGGUGUUUAUUAGACUCGUGAGCACAGCUGCCAUUUGUAUCUUUGUUGUACCAUAAUAACCGGUUGUCUUUUCUUGAAUUUCUGCACACCUUUAUUUAAAAUGUGUAUGAUAAUAAAGUUAAUGUUAUGUCAA